AUGACCGUCAACCGCAUCACCCUCUUCAAGAUUGCCGACGCGGCCGCCCGGCAAAAGCUGGUCGACAUCUACAAGACCCUCCAGCAGAGGGCGCUCAAGGACGGCAAGCCGUACAUCCUCGCCGCCAAGGCCGGCAGCGCGGCCCCCGACCAGCGCUCUUAA